AGGAUACGAGGAGGGAGCAGUUCUGCCGCCCUCAUCCUCCUGCUGCCGUGUGGUUCCUCGGCAACCGCCCAGCCUGACACCAGAUUGGAGUUCACAUGAUUCUGCCUCAGCUCAGGAAUGGGCGGCCCCCGGCUGGGGAUUUUCUAGUCCUCCCAGCGGCAGCGGCACUGGGAGGUACAGGAAACCGCCGGAGGGAGAGCUCCUCCUGGCUGCAGGGCCACCCAGGCUCUGAGGAGCUGCUGCAGAAUCCCGGCUGCUGGAGGGUGCAGGGCAGAGCCCAGCUGGGUGAGCAGGGGCAGAGUGGUCUCGUCCCAGAUCCCCCACCAGAGGACUCCCUCCGUCCUGAUACCAAGAGCUACCAAGGCUGGGGCUUCACUGACUUCUUUCUGCCUGCUCCCUACCCGGCUGUAGAGAGCACACUGCCUUCCUGGGACCUGGAGGGUCUCAGAGAAGCCAGGCAACAUAGGCAGGCGGCCACCCUGCUGUGUUUAAGCAGACUCAUUUGUGGGUCAGACAAUUCAUUUAGUAGCUCAUGAGCCGCAUCUAAGAAAUGAAACAGAACAGAAAAUAUCGAGGGGCUCGCCCACCACCAGUGAUGCCCUCCCCUCCAUAUAGCUUGAGCCACCUUCUGUAAACAAGAUGGCGGUGGGGAGUCCCUGAGCCCAUGGAGGGUGAGGCCCCUCCCAGCCCAAAGAUGGGGAACACCACCGCGGACAAUGCCUCGCUGACCUGUACCAUUGACCACACCAUCCACCAGACGCUAGCCCCUGUGGUCUACAUCACAGUGCUGGUGGUGGGCUUCCCGGCCAACUGCCUAUCCCUCUACUUCGGCUACCUACAGAUCAAGGCCCGGAAUGAGCUGGGCGUGUAUCUGUGCAACCUGACCAUGGCGGACCUCUUCUACAUCUGCUCGCUCCCCUUCUGGCUGCAGUACGUGUUGCAGCACGACCACUGGUCCCAUGGCGACCUGUCCUGCCAAGUGUGCGGCAUCCUGCUGUAUGAGAACAUCUACAUUAGCGUGGGUUUCCUCUGCUGCAUCUCCAUCGACCGCUACCUGGCCGUGGCCCAUCCCUUCCGCUUCCACCAGUUUCGUACCCUCAAGGCAGCCGUGGGUGUGAGUGUGGUCAUCUGGGCCAAAGAGCUACUGAGCAGCAUCUUCUUUCUCAUGCACCAGGAGGUCAUCGAGGACAAAUACCAGCACCGUGUCUGCUUCGAGCACUACCCCAUCCAAGCCUGGCAACGCAGCAUCAACUACUACCGCUUCCUGGUGGGCUUCCUCUUCCCCCUGUGCCUGCUGCUGGCCUCCUACCGGGGCAUCCUGCAGGCUGUGCGCCGGAGCCACGGCACCCAGAAGAGCCGCAAGGACCAGAUCCAGCGGCUGGUGCUCAGCACUGUGGUCAUCUUCCUGGCCUGCUUCCUGCCCUACCACGUGCUGCUGCUGGUGCGCAGCGUCUGGGAGGCGAGCUGUGAGUUCGCCAAGAGCAUCUUCAAUGCCUAUCACUUCUCCCUGCUCCUCACCAGCUUCAACUGCGUCGCCGACCCCGUGCUGUACUGCUUCGUCAGCGAGACCACACACAGGGACCUGGCGCGCCUCCGCGGGGCCUGCCUGGCCUUCCUCACCUGUGCCAGGACGGGCCAGGCUCCGGAAGCCUACCCACUGGGUGCCCCCGAGACCUCUGUGAAAAGCGGGGCCCAGGGCGAGGAGCCUGAGUUGCUAACCAAGCUGCAUUCGGCCUUCCAGACCCCUAGCUCGCCUGGAGUGGGAGGGUCCCCUGUGGCCUAGCCUGGGUCACCUGUGUGUGGGGAUAGGUGAGGCCUGAGCCUUCAGCCAACUGGCCUUUUGGUCCUGUGGCUGCCUCCCACUUUGACCUGGCAGGUGCUUCUUCCGCUGGAGGGAUGGAGGUACUGGCCGCAGCCAGGCUUCCCUCGACCCUGGAGGCCUGCUCCAGCUUGGUGAGGCCAGCUGCACCGUCCAGGAUAGAAUGAGCCCUGUCAUUUCCUGGGCAUCCUCUGCUGCCAGCUGGGGCUCUGGUGGGAGGGAGGCAGUGGUCUGUCACUCUCAGGAAGUUUGCGAAGAGCAGCUGGGGUGGGGGUGUAGAGUUCGAGGACACAGAGGCUGGGGAGUUGGGAGGUGAAGGCGAGUACGCAGGUGUUCACCUGCCACCGCCUUCCAGUGUCCCUGCUGUCACAGAUGAUACCUGUACAAAUGUACAGGCAGUUACCUGAUGCGGUGACACACGAGGCUGUGUCGUAGCCAUUGACACUUGAGAGCCACUGCACAAUGAGGUGGAUGGGGAGAUGGCAUUUCCAGCACUGGGAUGGAAAGAGGGACACUGGGGGGAGUGUGGCAGAGAGAAACCCCCUCUCCAGCCAUGCCAUGCUGUACAGGGAGAGGUGAGAAGAUCCCCCAAGUCUGAAGGCUAAUGGCAGACACAAAGUCCAGGGCUCCCAGGGAGAAGAUGCCUGGGUCCCUGCGAACAAGCACUUUGUCCUUAACCAAGUUCUUGACACAUUUCUGCUACUUAGCUUUCUGUCUCCAUCUCCCCAAAAGUGCCACAGUGGACACACACGGACAGAGAGAGAGAGAAAAAUGCCAAGGUCUCCAUGGCAACUGUUUGCCAAGACACUGAGGCGAUGGUCGUGUCUCUUCCCGGCCACUUCCAUACACACUGUGGAGCAUCCAGCAGCUCAGAGAGGAGCACAGCAUUAUCCAAGGGUUCUCAGAUACACGCAGACCAACAAAACCCAUGCAUGCAUCCUGGCAUCUUCCAGCCCACAGGCCUGGGUUUAAGCUCCACUCUGGCUUAAAUAGCUCCUAUGACCAAGAGGCGAGGUGGCUGGGAACUACCUUGCCUGUUUUCCACGCAGGCUCCUCUGCCUGAUGUCCCUACCUGGAGAUGACCGUGGAUCCAGGGGCAUAUGAAGCCCAAGACUCAGACCACCACUUUUUUCUGUCCUGGUAGACUGGGUCCAAGGCUCGUCUCUUGCAGCUUUUGUGCCUGGCCAUGUUGAGGUGUCCCUCCCACCCUCCGUGCAUGCACAGGUUUCUUCUGUUCCAUUUUGCAGCUUCCUGCUCCCUGCGUACCACCUCUUCAAAGUUCUCUGAGGAGCAGCAGAGCGAGGUCAAGGGGUGCUUCAGCCUCAUCUGACUUGUUUGAAUGAGGGGCUUGGCUUUUGUACUGUGCCAAGCACAUCCCUAGCCUGGUGAACAUACCCAAGGCCAGAGGAGUCACUUGCUGCCCCAGGAGAUCACCUUCACAGAAAUAAUAGCCCUCCACACUUUCUAUACGGGGGCUAGAGCCUCUCUGGCUUCACAGGGCAUGUUCUCAAAUACCUGGGAUUUGAGUCUCUCCAGACCAAGAGCUAGGGAGGCUGAAUGGUGGUAAGGGACUAGGGCAGGGAACAGGGAAAGGGCAGUGGUUGGCAUCAGUAGGACGUUUCUGAAAUCUGCGAAGAGUGGAAGUUGGGAGGGCAGGCAGAACUUCAUCUUCAACCUUCCUUCCCUCUGCUCACCAGCCUCCAAGAGGCUCAUCCUUUAGUUGUGUCUCUUAUUCCUUACAUCAGAGGAGCCCAGAGGUGGAUAACCCAAGCUGAUAUGCUCCAGGAAGGGUGCAUACUGCGGUCCAAAGGUUACACUUGGCUGUGAAGCCCCAUUCCAAUUCCCUGUGGAAUUGAGACUCGAACCACCUGGGAGUUUCUCUUCUUUUUCCUGGAAGAAGAACCAGGAUCUUACCGGGGCAAUAGCAUUGGCUGAGCCCUCCUGUAUCUUCAUUCCACAGUAUUCUUCCCUAUUUUGACUUUGAGCACUGUCCUGGCGUUCCUUCUGGCAUGGAUUAGGAUGAGUUGAGGGCAAUUCUGUUUACUAUGGAGAAGUGUAUUUUUGUAUUAUCUUAUGUUUUACAUACAUACAUGAGAAGCAUACAUGUAUUGGACCAUGCAAUGGAUUUAUGUAGCAAACCUCAGUCUGCAAAUAAAGAAAAGUAACCA